CAAACCCCAUUACUUUUCAUGCACUCAAUCUUCACCAACACACUUCUUAGCUUAUAUUGGCAUCUUUUGUGCCAAUCUUUGCCUCCAAUCUCUUCCAUAUAUAUAAAAUAGAUAGCACGUUGCAAUAAAUUGUUACGAAAAUAAUAACAACAAUGACAACACUAGUAACUAAGGUCCCUAUUGGGUUUCUUUCUCUUCUCUUAAUUAUUACUAUAGCUACCAAAGCUGCGGCUGGUAACUUCUAUCAAGACUUUGAAGUAACAUGGGGUGAUAACCGUGCUAAGAUCUUUAACGGUGGCCAGCUUCUUACACUGUCCUUGGACAGAGCCUCCGGCUCCGGAUUUCGCUCCAAGAACGAGUAUUUGUUUGCCAAACUUGACAUGCAAAUCAAACUCGUUCCUGGUAACUCCGCUGGCACCGUUACAACAUACUAUCUAUCUUCAUUGGGUGGGACACAUGAUGAAAUAGACUUUGAAUUUCUGGGGAACUUGAGUGGAGAUCCGUACAUUCUUCACACAAACGUAUUCACGCAAGGGAGAGGGAACAGAGAACAGCAGUUCUAUCUAUGGUUCGACCCCACCGCCGACUUCCACACCUACUCAAUUCUUUGGAAUCCUCACAACAUCAUAUUCUCUGUGGACGGCACACCAAUAAGGGAGUUCAAGAAUUUAGAAUCAAGAGGGGUCCCAUUCCCAAAGAACCAACCCAUGAGACUAUACUCAAGCCUUUGGAAUGCUGAUGACUGGGCCACAAGGGGUGGGCUUGUGAAGACAGAUUGGGCCCAUGCCCCAUUCACUGCCUCAUACAGAAACUUCAAUGCACCACCAGCCCAAUCAUGGAUGGGCCAGUCUCUUGAUUCAACAGGCCUUGCAAGAAUCCAUUGGGUCCAAAAGAAUUACAUGAUUUACAAUUAUUGCACUGAUCUCAAACGCUUCCCACAAGGGCCUCCUCCUGAAUGCUCACUUGCAUGAGAAUCUUAUCAUUUUAUAUUUUCUCUCUUCUUUCUUUAAUUAUUUGUCAAUGAUCAUUUUUGGUACAUUUUUUUAUUAGCAUAUCGUUGAUAAAAAAAAUGUGCUAAUAAUGACAGUGACAUAAAGGAAAUUAGAGAGAAUAAUAAUAUAAAAUAUGUUAUACCUCCCUCCCAAGAAAACAAAGCACAUACAUGGUAUACAUAAUACAUUGGUUUCUUUUGUUGUUUCCCUUUACUUUUGUGCAUUCCAUUUGUUUGUAUAAAAGAUAUAAGUGUGCAAAGUGUGAUUCAUACAUGUACCAUUUGAAAUUGUAUAUUUAGUCCUCCUAAUAAAUUGAGUUGAAAAAAAUUAUGGGGGAUUUGUAUAUGA